GAUGGUCGGACAGCCCUACACUACGCCAGUUGUAUAGACGACGAUCGAAACUUCUACAAUAUGUUAGUAAAAGCUGGCGCUUCUCCUCUAUUACCUGAUUUCAAAGGCAAGAAUGCGGACUUUUAUCAGCGAUUUCCGGACCAAAUAAAUUUGCAGCAAAUCAUGAAACGAUCUCAACGUCUGAACGCCAACUAUGCCAUCAAUACUGCGAAUCGCAUUAAAUCAAAGUCUCCGUCAAGAAGAAAGGAAAGGAGUCUUUCGCCGUCCUAUCGACUGAAGAGACCGUCAGAAUUGAAUGGUAUGAACGGGAAGAGCAGUGCCGGCACUGACGGCGCCCCC